AAGAAAAGGGCUUGUUGAUAGAUGAAUUAGGAGAAUUGAGAUCAAUAAAAAAAAAUAAUUAUCCUCUCGAGAGGAGAAGGUUGUACAGUUUGACUUCAGUCUCCGUACAUCUGUUAAAUUAGAAAGCGCAAGUGAUUCGGCGGACGAGAAGUUCAAUCGCGGGAAGUACAACUGUGAUGUGCCACGGGCAGGAGAGUUGGGACCGGUGGAAUUUAUUUGAGCAGGUGAGAGAUUUUAAUUGAUUUAAAUGACAUUUUCGAACUCCGAAGAUCGCAACAAUUGGGAACAAUCCAUCAGUCAUAGUGGCCGCCAAAAUGGCAGCCGCAAUCCGGAAUUCCAUGUUGAUUGUCGUCGUCAUCAGCGGAUGGAGCGCGCUCUUCGCCGCCGCAAAGCCGCCGGCGCCGCCUGUUUACUGCGAUGACACUGGUUGCGUCCUCUCCAACGCCUACGGCGCCUGGGUCGACCGGCAGCUGUGCCGCACUGGUCAGGUUGUCUUCCCGACGACGGAGGAAGAGCUGCGCGUCGCCGUGUCGGAUGCUCGUCGGGAGAGGUUCAAGGCCAAGGCGGCGAGCGGCUUCUCCCACACCAUCCCCAAGCUCGCUUGCCCGCCGCCGGAGAACUCCGUCGUCAUCAGCACCGCCAAGUACAACUCGAGGAUCGAGGUGGAUGUGGCGAACCGGAGGGUGACGGCGGACGCCGGAGUGGGGCUGCGGGAUCUGAUCGAUAAAGUGGAGGCCGCGGGCCUGAGCCUGGUGGCGGCGCCGUACUGGGAGGGUGUGAGCAUCGGCGGGCUCAUCAGCACGGGAUCGCACGGAAGCUCGUGGUGGGGCAGGGGAGGCGCCGUGCACGACCACGUCGAGAGCCUGAGCCUGGUGGUUCCGGCGCCGGCGACGGAAGGGCAUGCCAAGGUCGUCACCCUGCGACGUGGGGAUCCCCUGUUCAAUGCAGCAAGCGUUUCCCUUGGGCUUCUCGGAAUCAUAUCUCAGGUGACACUGUCGCUGGAGCCCAGCUUCAAGAGGAGAAUCACCUACGCAUUCCGGGACGAUUCCACUUUCCAAGACCGGUUCAUGGAUCACGCCUGGAAGCACGAGUUCGCCGACAUCACUUGGUUUCCGUCGCAGCACCAGGCGGCGUUCAGGUUCGACGACCGUGUACCACUCAACACCUCCGGCGAUGGUUUCAACGAUUUCAUCGGCUUCCAAUCGAAUCUCAUGGCCGUUUCGAUGGCAGUUCGAGCGCUUGAGAAGGCUUUCGAUGAAUCAAGAAACGUCAAAGGUAAGUGCGCCACCGCUUCCACGGAGCUAGCGUACAAGAAGACGAUCGCCAACGGCCUCAGGAGCAACAACCUGCUCUUCACCGGCUACCCUGUCGUCGGCCGCCAAGGCCGGAUGCAGACCUCCGGCUCCUGCCAACACUCGUCGGCAUCAGACCCCUUCAGUUCCUGCGCGUGGGACCCCAGAAUCCAAGGCCUCUUCUUCUACGAGACAACCGCCUUCUUCUCCCCCCAAAGCUUCAAAUCCUUCAUCCUCGACGUCAAGCGGCUCCGCGACAUGAACCCCGACAACUUCUGCGGCGUCGACAACUACAACGGCUUCAUGAUCCGCUUCGUGAAGCGGUCGGAGUCCCUGCUGGGGCAGCCGGAGGACUCGGUCGUGGUGGACUUCAACUACUACAGAGCGAGCGACCCCUCGACGCCGAGGCUGAACCAGGACGUGUGGGAGGAGGUGGAGCAGAUGGCGUUCGUCAAGUACGGCGCCAGGCCGCACUGGGCCAAGAACAGGAACGUUGCUUUCGUUGGCGUCCAGGGGAAGUACCCUGGCUUUGAGGAAUUUCUCUCGGCCAUGAAGGAACUGGACCCGGAGGGCAUGUUUCAGAGUCCAUGGUCCGAUGAGGUGAUCUAUGGCAAGGAAACAGUGAAGGGCGAUGGCUGUGCAUUGGAAGGGCUGUGCAUUUGUUCAGAGGACAGACACUGUAAUCCAAGCAAAGGGUACUUGUGUCAACAUGGUCUAAUAUACAAGGAAGCAAGGGUGUGUAGGCCCAUCGACUGAGUGUUGGCAUUUUAUUUACUGUUGUUGUAUGAAGUCAAUAAUAUCAGACUAAAAUAUAUCGACU